AUGAACAACUUUAACAUACCUACAAAGGAGCCAACCAAGUUCACAAGAGAUGCCAACCGGGCAUUGAAGUCGACUCUCCCAUUCCAUGAUGUUGCUGACUUUGAGAACGCUCAGCGUGGGUUCAUUGGUACCAUUCCUAAAGGCUUCAUUGCUCGUUUCCAGGAUACCAGUAAGGCCAACGUUCCUGUACCCCCUGUCUGGGACUUGGAAAGGUACAAGUUUAUCACCUCGGACGACUCUCCAGAUAGCGUAAACCCAAGUCUCUGGCGCCAGUCACAGCUCAACAUGAAUAAUGGCCUUUUCCAAGUCACUGACAAAGUAUACCAAAUCCGUGGUCUUGAUCUUUCCAACAUGACCAUUAUCCAGGCUGAUAAUGGAAUCAUUAUCAUUGAUCCUCUCACUUGCGUUGAAACUGCAAAGGCUGGUCUGGAAUUAUACUAUCAACAUUUCCCCCGUGUUCCCGUCCUUUGCGUGAUGAUCACUCAUAGCCAUGUUGACCAUUUUGGUGGUAUUCGUGGUGUUCUCUCGGAAGAAGAUGUCCUCUCCGGCAAGGCCUCCAUUAUUGCUCCUGAAGGGUUCCUUGAGCAUGCUGUCAGCGAAAAUGUUUUUGCUGGUAAUGCCAUGCGCCGUAGAGCUCAAUUUAUGUAUGGUGCAUUUUUGCCCAGAGCCGAACGUGGACAAGUUGAUGCUGGUCUUGGAAAAUCUGUUCCCUUGGGCUUUAUGAGCUUACUCCAACCCACCGAUUUCGUGAGCAAGACAGGCGAAACCCGUCUCAUUGGCGGUGUUGAAUUCGAGUUCCAAAUGGCCAACUCCACUGAGGCGCCUUGCGAAAUGAUUAUCUACCUUCCUCAAUUGAAUGCUCUCUGCGCUGCUGAGGUCAUGACCCACAAUAUGCACAAUUUGUAUACCCUACGUGGUGCUGAAAUCCGUGAUGCCGUUCAGUGGUGGAAGACCAUCAACCUGACCAUUGACAUCUUCCAUGGCAGAGCCAAGGUUAUCUUCGCACAACAUCACUGGCCCAUCUGGGGAGAAGCUGAAAUCCACAAGUUUUUGUCCAAGCAACGUGAUCUUUACAAGUAUAUGCAUGAUCAAACCCUCCGUUUGAUCAAUCUUGGUUACACUAUGCUUGAUAUUGCUGAAGAAGUCCAACUUCCCCCUGACCUUGCCAACGAAUGGUACAACCGUGGUUACUAUGGUUCAGUUAGUCACAAUGUUCGUGGUAUUUACCAAAAAUACCUUGGUUAUUACUCCUCCAACCCUGCUGAACUCAAUCCUCUCCCUCCUGUCGAUGCUGCCAAGAAAUAUGUCGAAUUCAUGGGUGGCUCUGAAAAUGUCCUGAAGAUGGCCCGCCAAUCCUUCGAUAAGGGUGAAUACCGUUGGGUCGCUCAGGUCGUCAACCAUGUCGUAUUUGCUGAGCCCAAGAACCCCGAGGCUUUGGCAUUGCAAGCUGAUGCUCUUGAACAACUUGGCUACCAGUCCGAAUGUACUUCUUGGCGUAACGAAUACCUCGUAGGCGCACAAGAACUCCGAGUCGGUGUCUUCAAGAUUUCUCCUAGCACCGAUUUCGAUAUGCUUCGAGCCAUGACUCUGGAAAUGUGCUUUGACUACCUCGGCGUUCGCUUGAAUGGACCUAAAGCUCAAGGAAAGCAAAUUACCAUCAACAUCACCUUGCGUGAAUCCCGUUCUUCAGAACCUACUCAAUAUAUUGUCCGCUUGGAAAACUGUGUUAUCACUUACAGCGCUGGUCGCAUCGAUGAAAAUGCCAAGACCCAUGUUAUCAUGACUCGACCUGUCUUCUUGGGUAUGUGCUAUACCAAAUCCACCGCCAAGGAAUUGCUUGCCUCUAAACAGGUCGAGAUCGCUGGAGAUGCCAGCCAACUGGAUUUGCUGCUUUCCCUCUUGGAUGAGUUCGAUCUUUCCUUCCCUGUAGUCACUCCUGUUCGCAGUGGUAACAGUGUUAAGCCAGCAUUGUAG